AUGACCAGCACCCAGACGCAGUCCCAGGCUACCUAUCCCAUCACUGACGAGAACCGCUUUACCGCUGUCUUCGGGGCUCCGGACCCCAGUGGCCGGGCCAAGACCAAGGUCGUUAAUUACAUGACUGAUUUCGUCAAAGAGUUCAUCAGCCAAUCUCCCUUUGUUGUGAUGGCCACCAGCGACGCGGAAGGCAACUGUGACGCUUCCCCCAAGGGCGGGCUGCCCGGGUUUGUUAAGGUGCUGGACGAUCGUCACCUGGUGUUACCCGACGUGGCCGGAAACCGGCUCUUCCAGUCCUACCUCAACAUGGACGCCAACCCGCACGUGGGGUUGAUUUUCAUGAUUCCUGGCGUCAACGACACGGUCCGCGUCAACGGCACCGUCGCCAUAGUCAACCAGGAGGAACUCAACCAGAAGGACGUGGAGGUCUCCCUUUACGAACCUGACGAGAGGGGCUACCACCUGCAGGGGGUAAUUAUUGAGGUGGACGAGGCUUACGGCCAUUGCCCCCGUGCCCUCCAUUUCUCCCGUUUCUGGGACACGGAAACCAUCGAGAAGCACAAGGCCGACCGUCCUGUUCCGACGCGUUAA